CAAUAAACAAAUAAAAUAUUUUACUCGUGCAUGCAACUCACCGAGUCACUGACUGAGUCAUCUCUGAGUUCCGUUUAUGUUCUUUCCUUCUUCUCCUGUGCUUCCCUUUUUCGGUUUCACACCAAACCCUGAGAAUUUUGGACGGUUGUUGCUGUGAACGGCUGGCUUUCAAUUCUCAUCCAUGGCUUGGUUACCAAAUUUUCGAAGCUUCUUUCUGGGAGGAGGAGGAGGAAUGAGAGAGAUUGAUCUUGGUUCACAUACAAUAAGAAGUCAUGGAUCCAGAGUGGCGAAAACCCAUAUGCAUGAUUGGAUCAUAUUGGUUGUUCUGGGCGUUACCGAUAUCAUUCUGAAUCUUAUUCAUCCAUUUUACCGGUUUGUGGGGAAGGACAUGAUGGCGGAUUUCAAAUAUCCGAUGAAAGAUAACACAGUGCCCGUUUGGGCUGUGCCUAUUUAUGCAGUUUUGAUGCCAAUACUUAUUUUCCUGAUAAUUUAUUCUCGUAGGAGAUGUGUGUAUGAUCUGCACCACGGCAUUUUAGGCCUUCUUUAUGCUGUGCUGAUUACUGGGGUUAUUACUGAUGCAAUUAAAGUUGCAACCGGCCGCCCUCGCCCCAAUUUCUUUUGGCGCUGCUUUCCUGAUGGAAUUGAGAAUUUUGGUGGACGGUUUGGAGAUGUGCUAUGUCAUGGCAAAGAAAGUGAAAUAAAAGAGGGACACAAGAGUUUUCCAAGUGGGCAUACUUCAUGGUCCUUUGCAGGAUUAGGUUUCCUCUCAGUGUACUUGUCAGGAAAAAUCAAGGCAUUUGAUCAAAGAGGGCAUGUGGCAAAGCUUUGCCUUGUUCUUCUUCCUCUCCUCCUCGCAGCUCUGGUUGCUGUUUCUCGAGUGAGUGACUAUUGGCACCAUUGGCAAGAUGUGUUUGCUGGUGGCAUUAUAGGGCUGGUUGUGGCGAGCAUUUGCUAUCUACAAUUCUUCCCACCUCCAUAUCAUGAUGAAGGAUGGGGACCUUACGCAUAUUUUCGGGCGCGAGAGGAGUCAAACAGUAAUGGAAGCACGGUUCUUCCAGUAAAUGGGCUCGCUAUUCGGUCAAGGGAGAAUGUUGUGAAUCAAAAUGGUAAUUCGUUUAUGCCAUUACAUGUUGAAAGCCCUUCAAGAACAACAAUAGAUGCAAUGGAGGCAGGAAGGAGGUGAUAGAUCAUGUAAUUGUUUAUUUUUAGCUUUGGGUUUAAUUCUCUGGGUAGCUUCUUAUUGUUUAUCUCUUUUGUUAUUAUUUUUUUACUUAAUUAGCUCAUGAUUCCACAAUUUCUUAGUGUUGAUUGUAUACUAUUUUAGGGCUUUAACUUUGUAAAAAUAGAUUUUAAUUUUGAUAAUUUUAUUUAA